GGCAGCGAGGUUGACGGUAGGGGGUGGCGGGCCACAAAACCAUGUUCUUCCGUCAACCACGUUGGUCUGUGGUAGCUGGGUGGCCCGUGGCCGCAGCAGAGAUGCGGGCAGGGCCUGGGAACCCACAGAUACAGGGGGUUAGGCCUUGCCUUCUCGUAGGUCGAGAGGUGAAGUUGUCAGGCCGCUAUCAGAUGGCACCUACGGUAAUCAAAGCAAAGAUGGGUGGGGGACUCUUGUCAAAGCUCCUAGGGGGUCGACUCAGAUUGUAAGGGGGAAGUGGAAGGCUUCAGUCCAGAGCAGCUCAGGGAAAACCCUUGCGCUAAUUUUUAAAUGCCUCUGCCUAGGCUGUGGCAGAUUGGCUCCUUUGGGGAGUGUUAGGAACAUCAGCUGAAAGGAAGAGCCCAGUUCUGGCUGAAAUAAGCAUGAAAGUCACUGUGCUCUUAGAAUGUUUUUAAGGGAAAUGUUCGAUCUCCAGAAUAGGUUGAGCCAGCCAAUACCUGAACUGAAAUCUUGGCUUUCUAAAGAGAACACUUAUGAAGCUUAUCCUAUUCUGUGGCUGUGACUUUCUCAUAUAACUGGGUAGUUAGUAAGGCUGAGUAUUCAGUUUGGUCCUAUCGGCAUAUAGAAGGGACUAAACUUGAACAAAGCGUCUCUGGGGCGCUCCAUGAGGCUUCUGUAUUUCAGCUGUCAAAUUUCACUCAGUCAAGGGGAAAUGUUGCUUUCUAAUGUUAAGGUUAUUUUGUUCAUGGGAAAAAGUGCUAGCUGCGUUGAUUGACCAUGGCAGAUUUCUGCUGUCAUUUCAAAAAUAGUUCCUUGGAACUCUUAAACUCCAAGACCCUUGGAUGCCCAUGGAGUAAAGGCACUGCCUAUUUGUAGAGUGAAAUAGAUAAAGAUAACAGGGUAAGCUUUCAGAGCUGGAGAAAUUUAAGUGAGAGAUUUAACUUAAGGACAGGGUCUUCCUUUUCUCUUUUGGUUGGUACUGUCAGGCCUUGAGCGCGUUAAAGCUAUCUGGAAGCAUUAAAAGAUGUUUCAGUCCUUUUUUUCAAACCAUAGCUUCUCCUGGGGAGGAUAAGACUUGUGACUACUGCUUUUUAAUUCCAAACUGACACUGAAAAUGAAAAUUGCUUAUAGGAAGCUAAGAUUUGGAUGUUUAAGGUAUCAUGUGCUAGGAGCUUUGAGUCUUGUACUAAUAAGAUGCAUGUCUAAAAUGCCAAUGUAAUCUUAAAAAUAGUCUGAACUUCCUUAUUUCCAUAGAGGUGCAGUAGAACACUGAAUUAAUAUUUUAAUUUACCUGUGUAAGACAAGUCAGUGUCACUGAGGUAGGUCUCCAGGCAGGCAGGCGGAUGAGGGAGUUGCUUGAGGUCACCCAGCAGGUCUAUGGCAAACCCAGGAAUCGAAUCCAGGUACUGCAGUUUCUGCCCCCUAGUUGUUAGGCAGCACCACCUAUGCCGAUCUCAUAUCCUUAUUUUUCAUCCCCUGCCCUUUUGUUUUCUGUUGGCUUUCCUUUAAUAAAGGUUAUGCCACUUUUCAAGUAUAAGUUUAUAGAGAAUCCAUACACAAGAAAAUUGUUUAGCUGAGCUUCACUUGCGCUAUUCAGUUCCAUAAUAGAGGUGGGUCUUUUGCUGAUGAGUUAAUGACAAGUGCUUGGCUAUGUAUCUUUGAAAGUGGAAGCUGUCUUCCCUGAUCUUCUGUCCUUCUGCCAAGGAUCUGUUACUACAGUGAGACCUGAUACUAGAGGGUGGGACACCAGUAACUACAGCAAGUGUGAUCCCAUAGUUUCAUGAUUAAUUUGUCAAAUCAUUAAGCUUCACAAAACUGUACAAGUGUCGUAGCUUUCCUUAGAGUAGCAGGGAACUAGUGCUGAAGGAGAGCAUGGAAGCUGAGACCAUAGACUUCAGCAUGAGAAGCAGUUUCUGCCUUAAACUUUGAUUUUUGUUACCCAAGCUGAAUCUUGGACAAGUGUGUAUUCUAAAACAGUUUUCUGUUUGGUGUUAGAAAUUGUUUUAUUAAGUACUUACAUGAUUGAAAUAACAGAAAUAUUGUCACUGAUGGAGUGGCUUUAGGUGUCUUAUCUUCUGCAGUAAUUCCUGACUACUGGUGAGUUUAACUUAGUUUUCCUGAAGCCAGACCGGUGUAUUAUUUGGCUCUUCAAAUAAAAAUGCACUGAAAAGACUGGGGCAGCAACAGAUCCCUACAGAAGUUUCUUCUGAAUUCUCUAUGUUCCUGAUUUGCUGCCUGGUGUUGCUUGGAACUGUUGGCCCAAUCCUGAAGCAUCACUUCCAUAACUGUGCUGGUCGAUUGACAGAGCAUCUUCAGUGGUGUCAGACUGGUGUAUGCAACUGUUAAAAAAUGAUCCUUACAAUCUGCAGUUGCAGUCUGCUUUGGACAUGGAUUAUAAGAAGGAUGACUUGAUCAUCGAUGUUCUUGUGCACACUACAUGAAGAAAUAAUUGACUUCUAUGACUUCAUGUCCCCUCGUCCUGAAGAAGCAGCUAUGAGAAGAGAAGUGGUGAAAAGAAUAGAAACAGUUAUCAAAGAUCUUUGGCCUACAGCUGAUGUCCAGAUAUUUGGCAGCUUUAGUACAGGGCUUUAUCUUCCAACUAGUGAUAUUGAUCUAGUUGUUUUUGGGAAAUGGGAACGGCCCCCUUUACAGCUGCUGGAGCAAGCACUAAGAAAACACAAUGUGGCUGAGCCAUAUUCCAUUAAAGUACUUGAUAAAGCUACGGUACCAAUAAUAAAACUUACUGACCAGGAGACAGAAGUGAAAGUUGACAUCAGUUUUAAUGUAGAGACUGGUGUGAAGGCAGCUCGAUUUAUCAAGGAAUACAUGAAGAAAUAUUCUUUGCUGCCUUACUUGAUUUUAGUAUUAAAACAGUUCCUCCUCCAGAGGGACUUGAAUGAAGUUUUUACUGGUGGAAUUAGCUCUUACAGCCUAAUUUUAAUGGCAAUUAGCUUCCUGCAGCUGCAUCCAAGAAUUGAUGCCAGAAGAGCUGAUGAAAACCUUGGAAUGCUUCUGAUAGAAUUUUUUGAACUCUAUGGAAGGAAUUUUAACUACUUGAAAACUGGUAUUAGAAUAAAAAAUGGAGGUGCCUAUAUUGCCAAAGAAGAAAUCAUGAAAGUCAUGACUAAUGGAUACAGACCAUCCAUGCUAUGUAUUGAAGAUCCUCUCCUGCCUGGAAACGACGUUGGCAGAAGUUCUUACGGUGCCAUGCAAGUGAAACAAGUUUUUGAUUAUGCCUACAUUGUUCUUAGCCAUGCAGUAUCACCACUUGCAAGAUCAUAUCCAAAUAGAGAUUCUGAGAGCACAUUAGGUAGAAUCAUCAAAGUGACCCAAGAAGUGAUUGACUACAGGGCCUGGAUUAAAAAGAAGUGGGGGAGCAAAAUUAAUUUAUCACCUGAACUUGAUAACAGGUUGAAAAUAAGAGACCAGAUAGCUCCGUGCAAUGGAGAACAGCAACAGAACAAAGACUCUGAACCAUCUUACAACCAACGGUUGGCUUUGUCAUUGGCUAGUACACAACAGUUAUCCUCUGGCUCAUCCGCCUCAUCUGUAUCAUCACUCUCCGGCAGUGACAUUGUAUUUAAAAUACCAUAUGCUGCCCUGACAAAGAGGCAGUAUGUGUUCUUCGCUUACUCAUGCAAACAGGCUGGCAAAUGGAAAUGGUGCAACUGUAUUGAUGCAAAUUCUCUACCCUGUGGCUUCCCAUAGCAGUAGAAGUUUUGUUAAUCUCAAUUCUAAUUUAUUUACACCAUAGUUAAAGUUACGGCUCCACCUACCAAAAAGGGAAAUGGCACAAGCUGAUGUGGAAGGAAUUAGAUGGUGAUUUCAUGGAUUAUACCCCCCUUGGAAGCACGUUGCUUUAUCAAGCAGAGUUAAGUACACUGAGGCUAAAACCAUUCAAGCAAGAGUAUGCGUUGAAGUUCUGCUCCUGCAUGUGGCCCCAAGCUAUGAAAUGUCUUGGAAGUUUUCUGGUGUUGCUUUAUGGUCCAAGGAGUGUCAUUUUUUUUACACAUUUACUAAGCCAAUCCAGUAGUUAGAUAUUCUUGCUAGGGAUGCUUCUGUUCACUAGCUGCUCCUGCUUUUCUGCACUGGUGUUCACCUAAUCCUGUGGUGAGCUGAUUCAGAAGGUGAAGCUAGUAAAAAGGAGAUUACUGUUUGUGUGGUUCACCUCUGUGAAUUGGCUCAUAAUAAUGUUAAAUGCUAAUGCAGGUAUAAUGUAGAAGGCCAGAAUGGGAAAAGAGGCAAAAGGAGUAUGACUGGCAGCAGCUAUCUGUUUAAUCACUUUAAUUGUAAGAAAGGCGAGGAACACAUGGAAAGAUCUGUAUAGUGUAAAGGGUUAACUAUAAACACCAAUCUUCUCACUACUUUCAGUUCUUUGCUUUCAAAGAUGGAAUACAUUUUUUACUGAAGUGGUCAUCGUUGUCUCACAGCUUCCAGCUCCUGAAUGUUGUUGGAAAGAGGAAAAAAAAAUGUUUAAUUAGUGGGAGAAGUUUGGAGAUUCAGAACAAUAAGAACCUUUUUGCCAAGACCUCUGUAGUUCAUUUGUGGGAGGUGGGGUGUAAGAACCCAAAUCUGUCACAUUAGCAAGAGAUUUGCAUUCUGUUGUUUAAAUUUUGAUUUCUGAAUACUGACUUCUAGGAUAGUUAGACUGCCUUGCCACUGGGCCAAAACUUAACAGACUGAGAUUGUGAAUUAAUCUUCUUAGGCCAUUCCAGCUUUUAAAAAAAAAUACUGUCUUGGAAAUUGAAAGCUCCAAAUUGGUAGCUAUUGUCAGUCAAUUGAAACUUCUCAACUGACUGCAUCAUGAAACAAAGCAGAAGGCACCACUUUUUUAAUGCAUUUAGAAUCACGGAAAGGAAACUUAGGAGUACAAUUGAGUACCCUUGAAAUUAAUGGAAGCUGAACCAUUGUCUUGAUGAAUGAAUGUACCAGCACACUUUACCUUGUAUCUCAAGCCUUGAGUUAUUAAUGGCAUUCAAAUAAGCUCUUAAGGUCAGACCUUGUUAGUAAGAAGCUUCUGGUGACUAAAUAUUCUCUUGCUGAUGAGGUCCUGGGACUUCUUCUAAUAGGAGAUGCAUUUUGCAGAACAAUAGAGGAUUUUUUGUUCUCCUCCGAUGUCAGGAAGAGAAGCUUGGAUUGUAAGAUUAUUUCAGCUCUUCAUCUUUCAUAUGACUGCAGUGUUUCACUGUUUGUCUAGACAGAAGGCUAGGGGAUCCCAUUUCUCAAGCAAAAUUUGCAAUUAGAUGAGAUUCUAGGUCUCUUCCAUACUUUAUCUUCUUUCCAAUGUUAAGGUAAAUUCAAGAGUCCUAAGUAAUCAAGGCUAUGAGUAGUAGAAAUCUUCCUUCCAGGUACUAAGUUCUUAGGAAGUUGAAACUGGUUUAAAGAGUAUGUUUUAAAAUGGAAACUUCCCAGUAGGAUAAACCUGUAUCUGGCAGUCUCUGUUUCCAAAAGCAUCUCUUUAGAAGAUACUUUCCUUGCAGGAUGAGAGACUCUGUAUGAUUGGCAUUCAUAGUAGUAGUAGUAUUCAGGAGAUCAGGAACUUAUCUUGGCUCUUAGUGCAGUCAUUAUAGCUUUAUGCCUAGAUUUACUAUAAUCAGUUGAGGGAUCUUACCUCCUUAUUUUACAUUCAUCUUUUUACAAUGUGACCUCUGUAGCCUUUACCUUACUUAAGUUCAGAGCUUUUGUAUUCCAGACAUGGACCUAAAGUGUCAGGGUGUUACUUGUAUGCAUUUACUUGUAGGUCUUCUGAGCUUCUGUAAUGAUUCAAGUUUGCACAUUACACUUAAGAAUCCUGUCCAGAAGACCAAGUAAGAUUUAAUCCCUCCCUGUAGGCAGUGCUUGUGGAAAAUCAGUUUUGUUCACGUUAGGUUCAAUUUUCUGAUCACUGAGGUUAAGCUUUCAGUUUGAGGAUGAAAAGUAAUGCUGUCCUUCACAAAAGGAUUUUGAUGCUGAUGAGAAGUCAGUGUAUCAACUCUAUAGUAUAAUCUUGCUAGCAAUCCAGGAUCGCCUUAGAAGAGGGAUACAACCUACUUGUAUGAGGCAUGUAUCAGUAAAUAACAUGGAGGCAGAAGAACAUGCCUAUUACAAAAUUAAAAUAAAGCAACACAAGGUUCCUUGUACUGACAUUUAUCUAGUCUCAAUUAAACUAUAUGACUCCCUUUCCUCUUCCAUCUUCUGCUUCCAUACUGGAGUUAACUUUUUGUUGCAGAAAACCCCUCAGAAAUCUUAAAAAUGGGAAGCGUCCCAUCUGGCUUAGGUAUGUGAGUCUUCGGGGAGUCUAAUUUGUAUCUAAGCAGAAGAGAAAGAGGAGAGUCUUUGGAGGGACUAAAACUAUUCUUUGGUCAGGUUUGUGAAGGUUGCAUUGCAGAAGAUAACACAUUGGGUUUGGAUAGACAGUAAGAUCCCCUUUCCCUCCCGACUGCCUGCUCACGAUUACUUGUGAGCGUGCUCAGAAGCUGUCUGUUCAAACAUGACUAUCCCCUCUUUAUUUUUCCCUCUUUUUGUAAGCUUUUUAAUAAUUCCAUGACCAAUAGUGGCUAAAGGAACUUCAGCUUGGAGAUCCAAAUUAUUACCCCUGUACCUGACUCUACCACCUACUUAGUUAAGAAUGUAUCAGCUUCAUCUUUGUAGAGACCUUGGCCUGUUCUCGUGGCUAAUAUUGUAGGAUUGGGCAAAGGAGAAAAAUGCCAUUUCAUCCAGGCAGCCAGCUUUGCAUGUGCGUACAACUAAGCUUAAUUUUUUGAUCAGUGCUACAGCAUGUAGUUGCCCACUGUGAACAUAUUUAUUAAAUGGUAUACAUCUGGUUUCAUGAAUAAGACUUAAGUUUCUGCACAGGUUCUUGUUACCAGUAUGAUCUGUCUUUAGCGAAUUCAUGAUGCAAAUAUGUGAAACUGCUUCACAAAGGUAUACUGUAACUUUUACCACUAGUUGACCUGGUAGGAGAGCAGCUCCUUUCUAGAACUUAUUUUUCAGUAAGCGCAACUUUAUAUGGACCAAUAAAGGAGUGAUUGUUCUAGUAGCUGACAGUUUUAUUGAGGACUGUUUCUAUUGUGGGUAUUCACUUCAGCUGGGAUGCAAGUUUUGCUCUCUAGUAGUUCAUUGCUUAGGCUGCUCAGUAUUCGCAACUGUUAGUCUCUUAAAUGACCUUCUCCUUUCCCCAGGGAAAGCUUUAAAAUAUUUUCUUGUUUCUGUUCUUGAAAAUAUUUUUCUAGACAGCCUAUUCUCCAACCAAAGAAUCUAGUUUGGAAACCAAGGCUAUAUAGUGCUGGAGGUCUAUUUAAAGUUUGCUAGGCUUAAAUGAAGAGUCUUUGCUUCCAGGCAAUUAAUCUUUAGCGAAAGAGCAAUAGAAUAUUUCAUUAAUUACUUGAGCAGUAAAGAUCCUUGAUGAACUGAGCCAAUAAGUUCUUUUAAUAUGGUAACUCCUAAACUACUAAUUGUCUGAGCCCCAUCUCUUGCUCUACUUUGAGCCAGAUGGCUGGGAAUGGAAAGAACAGUAGGGGUUUCGGAUAAAGAAUAAGUUUUUCCAUUAUUUUCAAAUUGAGAAUACUUAGGAGUUAAGGGCGAGGGUAAAAAGCAGGUAGGGAAAACUACUUAUCUGUUGCCAUUCUGUUAUGGCUGAAAAAUAAGUUUUACAAGAUCUGUGUUCAGAGUUGUUUGAAAAGGCUGCAGCUUACUUUUCAACUUUCUCAACUUAGACAAUAAUUGGUCAUUUAAGAAUUGAGGCAGUCUGGGUGUUUUCAGACUUCAGUGAUUCCUGUAAACCCCUGCAUCUGUGCUUGUCUCCUUGCUUGUUGUCUGUUAAGUGCUUCAGGCACACAGUGUUUUAACAUCACCCGUAUGACUCUGCUUAUGCAUCUGUAAUUCCUGUUGGUUAGUUCCAUCAGAGUAUUUUUUUUCUGUAAUCCUACAUCUAUCUUGCUUCCUCUGAAGAAUUAUCACUCAGAUUUCUGAUGGAAAGCAAGGGAAACAGAACUAACUAGCAGUGAAGUGGGUGACUGGUGCUCAUAUACUAGUCUUGACUGGCAGAUCAUCUCCUUGUUU